ACUCAGCUUUUUUGGCAGGAGUGACCAGAAUAAAAACAGCAACACCAGACAUAGAAGAGAAAAAAGUGCAAUGAUCCAUCGAACCAAAUGCUUUGCCCUUUCCUAAUUACGUCGUGUCCAGUAUUAUUUUAUUUUUUCCUCCCCAUUAAAUUUUUUUUAAGACAUUUUUGAAGUGGUAAUUAGCUCUUGGAGAAUAAAACCAGCUGAUUCGGGGACGGCCAGUGCAUUUUGGGGCGAGAUGGCUAACAGGAGGUUUGUUUUGCUCCUUCUCGGAUUCAUCCUCACAAUACAGCUGAGUCCUUCACUGCAAGGAGGGGUGUAUGUGCCACCGGGUUCAGCUGGAGCAGGACCAGGAGCUGCUGGAUUGCUACCAGGUGCUGGACUUUACCCAGGUGCUGGGACGUCCCAAUACAAAGCAGCAAAAGCAGCAGGAGGAUAUGGAGGUGCUGCUGGGACUCAAACAGGAGCUUUAGGGGCUGGAGGUUAUGGAGCUGGUGGUUAUGGGGCUUAUGGUACAUAUGGUGGUGCUGGAAGAUUUUACCCAGUGGCUGGAGGUCUGAAACCGGCUAAAUCAGGCACUGGGCUACCUGGAGGAGGUCUUCCUGGAGGAGGUCUACCUGGAGGAGGUCUUCCUGGAGGUGCUGGUGGAAAACCCCCUAAAAGGCCAGGUGCAGGAGGAACUGGUACUGGUCUUCCAGGCCUUGUCAUUCCUCAGACCGGGGUACAAGGACUGGGCCCUGGUGGGGUUGGACCUGGGGGUAAAGCAGCAAAGGCCGGAAAGGCUCCAGUGCCGGGAGUGGGAGUGCCUGGACCAUAUCACGGAGGACUUGUUCCUGGACAAGGCUUCAAUGGGCGGGGUGUUCUUCCUGGUGUAGCCACAGGAACUGGACUCAAACCUAAAUCAGCUGCUGGUGGAGGGCAGGGUCUGGUACCGGGUGGUGGUGGGCGUGGAUAUGGACCACUGCAACAAGGAGUAUUUCAUGGAUACCCUCUCAAAUCUCCCAAAGCCCCAGGUGCUGGGUUACCCUACACUGGUGGUAAACAUCCAUACGGUUAUGGUGGUUUUGGUGGAGGUGCUGGACUCCCUGGUGGGAAAAGAGGAGCUGGCUCCAAGCCAGGUUAUCCAACAGGGACUGGUGUUGGGACUUUAGGGGUUUCUGCAGCACAGGCCAAAGCUGCUAAAUAUGGUACUGGAGCUGGUUUUGGUGGGGCUGGUGGACUUUACCCUGGUGCAGGAGCUGGUUUAGGUGGUGUUGGAGCAGGUGGUGCUGGUGGACUUUAUCCAGGGGCAGGAGGUGUGGGUGUUUUUACACCAGCUCAAGCUAAAGCAGCGAAAUAUGGUGCUGGUCCUGGAGUUACUGGUAUUGGUGGUGUACCAGGCACAGGUGGAGUCUUUCCUGGGGCAGGGGGUCCUGGUGCGCUCUCCCUUGCUCAGGCAAAAGCUGCUAAAUACGGUGCAGGAGUAGUUCCUGGUGCGGCUGGGAUUGGUCCUGGUGGUGCUGGGAUUGUGCCAGGAGCUGGAGGGGUCUAUCCUGGAACGGGAGGUCUUACUCCUGCCCAAGCAAAAGCGGCUAAAUAUGGUGCAGGAGUAGUUCCUGGUGGUGCUGGGAUUGGUCCUGGUGGUGCUGGGAUUGUGCCAGGAGCUGGAGGGGUCUACCCUGGAACGGGAGGUCUUACUCCUGCCCAAGCAAAAGCAGCUAAAUACGGAGCAGGAGUAGUUCCUGGUGGUGCUGGGAUUGUGCCAGGAGCUGGAGGGGUCUAUCCUGGAACGGGAGGUCUUACUCCUGCCCAAGCAAAAGCGGCUAAAUACGGUGCAGGAGUAGUUCCUGGUGCGGCUGGGAUUGGUCCUGGUGGUGCUGGGAUUGUGCCAGGAGCUGGAGGGGUCUAUCCUGGAAUGGGAGGUCUUACCUCUGCUCAAGCAAAAGCUGCUAAAUACGGUUUGGGUGGGUCAGCUGGAACUGGUGUUGUAACUGGUGUUGGAGGACUGUACCCUGGAGCUGGAGGUGCACCAGUUGGUGGAGUAGUGGGGGGAGCUGGGGGAAUUCCUGGAACAGCAACAGGGGCUGGAUUGUAUCCAGGUGGAGUGAAGCCUCCUAAAUAUGGAGGAGCAGGAGGGGCCAGUGUUGUCCCAGGCUACGGUUCUGUUGCUGGGCUCGGAAGAGUUCCUGGAGCUGUGCCUGGUGCUGGAGGGCUAGGAGCUGGCGCCAAACCUCCUAAAUAUGGUGUGCCUGGAGGAGUUCCAGGAGGUGUGCCUGGAGGAGUACCAAUAACUGGAGCAAGAGGAUACCCUGCUGGUGCCAAGGCUCUUAAAUAUGGUUUGGGUGCUGGUGGUGGUUUACCAGGAGGGACUGGUGUUGUGUCUGGACUCCAGAGACCAGGUUUGGGUGGAGCUGGUGGAUUCCCAGGUGGAGUUGGAACAGGAACUGGAUAUGGAGGAUAUGGGACUGGGGUAAAACCACCUAAAUACGGUGUUCCAGGUGGAGUACCAGGCGGGGUACCUGGUGGAGUACCUGGAGGGUAUCCAGCAGGAGUUAAACCUCCGAAAUAUGGAGCAGCAGGAGCACCACUGCCUGGAACUGGGACAGGACUGACACCAGGAGUCGGGGCUGGAGGAUAUCCUGGUGGAGUCAAACCUCCUAAAAUUGGUGCUGGGAUCACUGGAACUGGUAUAGCAGCUCCUGGAGCAACACCUGGUGGUGAUGUGGUGGUCGUACCGGGUGGCACAGGCAUUGGUGUUCCUAGUGGUACUGGUCUGCCCGUUGCACCAAGUGGAAAACCAGCAAAGCUUCCAACCCUGGCUCCUGAAGGGACUGCUGUACCAGGUGGUGCGCAAAGAGUGCCUAGUGCUGGUGUCUCUAAACCUGGAGCAGGUCCUGGAGGUUUUUAUCCCUAUGGCUAUGGCCCAUUUUCUGGAAGCACUGGGAUCGGAACUGGUGUGUUACCUGGAGCCAAACCUCUGAAAGCCCCUGGUGUUGGAGGAGCAGGCAGUGUCGCAGGUGUAGGGGGAGUUGGAGGGACAGGGGCUUUUCCUGGACUCAUACCUGGAGCAGGUGGAGGGUUUCCAGCAGGUGUUGGUGUGGGAGCUGGUGGUGUUGGAACUGGUGCUAAACCACCUAAACCAGGCUACGGCUCUUUGGGUACAGGAUACGCACAGCCAGGUGGUGUAGCUCCAGGAGGAUAUGGAGGAUAUCCACAAGCAUAUCUAGGAGGGUAUGGAGCAGGACUGUCACCACAACAAGCCAAAGCAGCCAAAUACGGAGGUGGACUGACGGGAUUCCUGGGAGCAGGUUAUCGAGGUGGAGCCGGCUGCCAAGGAAAAUACUGCGGGAGGAGAAGAAAGUAAAGGAUCUCUUGAGAUGUGAAGUGACCUCAAGAAACAUGGUGCUACUGCAUGCUCCAGAAUGUACUUUUGAUACUCAAACAAACAAUCCCAACAUGCACAAGUGUUAUGUUUUGUACUGAAGGUAAAUAUUUGUUAUGAAUCCAAGUCCAGAUCUCUGAAACGCCUAGUGAUUUGUGAAAAUAAUUCCAAUCCUAAUGGCACAUUCCAUCAUGUUACUGUUUCCUAUUAUAACCGGGUUGAUUAGCUGGCAAUGCUGUUGUGUAGCUGUAAACGUUUUAACCACGACUUCUUAUUUGUGGACGUUUCUGAGACCAUCCGAAGCUCUUUUGCUCAGUUGCAGUCACGAUCUCGCACUCUAGACUCUUGAAGUAAUGCCAUCUCUUGCCUGCACAACAUCAUCCAGCGUCCUCGCGUCACAUCGGUGGUGCAGGUUUAGAGUCCUGUCAUAGCGUCAUACUGCUGAUUAAAUACUUCACAUCUGGCUGUGCUUCAGCUUAGGGGUUUGCCUGUUAUUUUCACCCUUCAGCGGCUUUACGAUUACAGUCCUUUAUGGGUGACUCUCUCACACACAAAUUAUAUUUUGCAUGAAGAAACGUAAGCCUGUUUUAGGUAGGCGCACAGAUUCUGUUGCUAUUAAACACAUUUCAGACCAAAA